AUGCAGUUCUUCAACAUUUUUGUCCUCUUUGGAAUAUUGUCCUAUACUCGCAACUCUAUAGCUAUAAACACCGCAUCUUUACCAAAAUUUCCAGCAAUUUUUUUCUUCGGUGACUCCAUAUUAGACACCGGUAAUAAUAAUUAUAUCAGAACAAUAUUUAAGGCUAACUAUCGCCCUUAUGGUAAAGAUCUCAAUGGCGGCGUUCCUACUGGAAGAUUUUCUAACGGAAAACUUAUUCCUGACAUGCUAGCUUCUGCUCUUAAAAUUAAGGAUACUGUCCCGCCAUAUUUUGAUCCGAAUCUUACUAAUAGUGAUCUUAUUACAGGCGUUAAUUUUGCAUCAUCCAGUGCCGGAUUUGAUGAAAGAACAUCUUUAUUCACCAAUGCAAUUCCUAUUCCAAAACAAAUAGAAUAUUUCAAACAAUAUAUAGCGAGACUUAAAGCAAUUGUUGGAGAAAAAAAAGCUAUGCAAAUUAUAAGUGGUGCUCUAGUAGUUAUAAAUGGAGGAACAAAUGAUUUUCUAUUUAAUAUAUAUGAUAUUCCUAUGAGAAGAUUGCAAUUUAACGUAAAGCAAUAUAUUGAUUUUAUUCUAAAUAUAGUCGAAAACUCUAUUAAGGAAUUGUAUGAUCUUGGGGUGCGAUCUCUUAUAGUAGCAGGGCUUGUUCCAGUUGGCUUCGCCCCCUUUCAAAGAAGUGCAAGAUAUAUUAAUCCAUUCAUGCUAACAUAUAGUUUGGAUGAGCAGAAUAAAAAUUCAAUAAUUUACAAUGAAAAGUUAAUUAAUCUAUUAAAUAAAUUUCAGCAAUCUCAUCCGGCGUCAAGAAUUGUGUACACCGAUUUAAACAUCACAAUAGUGGACAUGAUCAACGAUCCUAAUAAAUAUGGUUUUGAAGAAACAAAAAAUGGGUGUUGUGGAAGUUUCAUUUUCAAACAAGGUGUUUUAUGUGAUUCUUUAACUCCACCUUGUGAAGACCCUUCCAAAUAUUUAUUUUGGGACAGGAUUCAUCCCACAUCAACGGCCUAUCAGUACCUUACCGAUUAUAUGCUACAACAUAUUCUUCCUAAAUUCCAUUAG